GGUGACGUCGCCUCCAGAGCCCUGGCUCUCCAGAAGCUUCUAGAACUUGCUUCCGCGGCAAGGGGGCCUCUGGAGGCCCCCACCCCGUUUUAACUUUUGUAUUUUUAACUGACAUGUAAUUCACAUGCCGAACAAAGUGUGCAGUUCAGUGGCCUUUAGUAUAUUCACAGGGCCGUUCUCCCAGCGCCCCAGAAGGGAGACCCGGGCACCCCCAGCAGCGCCCCCAGCCCCGGCCCCUGCUCUCCCGCUCCCCUUCUCCGCAUGCGCCUGCUCGGCACGGUUCGCAUCAGUGGAAUCACACAGCGUGGCCUCUGUGUCUGGCUUCUCACUGAGCAUCGUUUUUGGGGUCCGUCCACGACUUGUGUAGGGUGUGUCCGGGCCCCUCGUUUUGAUCCUUGCUAGUCGACAGUUAAAGCACCACGAGGUAAGACUUGUAAAUGCCACCUUUUUUCCUUUUAAGUUUCAGAACUUUUGCUCUAGUGAGCGCCCGGGGAGGGGGGCUGUCACAGUCGCAGGACACAGAGCCACCUCGGACGAGAGGCGAGGCUGGGGCACCAUGGCAGCGUGGCCUGUGUGACAUCUCGGCCCUGGCUGUCCAGCGGGGUGACUUGGGAAUGUCCACGCCUUCCUCCUUGCCAUUGGGCUCCCAGGACACAGGGUGUCCCUCGCCGUGGGCGACUCAAGGUGACCCCGAACACUUAAAACAUCUCUUUGAACACAGCGUUUGCUCUCUUCCUCCCAAUGACGAAGGUGGCCCAGGCACACGCACCAUGAACACGGGGACGUACAAAGGACAGCGUGGGCUGGCCCCUCCGGGCCGGGGUCCCGUGUGCAGGGUGCUUGUCCCUGCUUGUCACCCAUGCCCUCAGUUCGUUGGCGGGUGUCCUUGUGUUGGCGUCGGCACCCAUAACCGCUGACUCCGUGGGACAUCAUGGGUGCUGUGGCCACCCAGCGCCCUCCAGCUAUAGCACUGAGGGACAAGCCCAGUCAUGCAGCGCUGCGCCUUCCUCAGUGGUUCCCCUGCCUGGGGCCGGUGGCUCUGUCUUCGCUGGUCCCCUCAGCCCCUGUGACUGCAGAAGAAGCCGAACAGUUUGCGGGCAGGGCUGUGUGCCAGUAAAGCUUUAUUCAGGAAAGUGACAAAACCAUACUAAGACAUCACUUCACACUAGGACGGCUAUUACAAAAGUGACAAAAGAAAAGGAAGCCAGCAAGGCCAUGGAGACAUCAGGGCCCUCGCGCCUGGCUGGGGGUGCGAAGCUGGGUGGCCGCUGUGGGGAUGGUUUGUGGGUCCCUCAGAAGUUAAACGGAGAGUCACCGUUCGACCCAGCAACUCCACGGCUGGGAGCCCAGGGGCACCGGGAGCCGGGCGCAGGCAGAACCGCCCCUGGCCCUCCACACAGCCGCAGGACGCGCCGUGGCCAGAAGGUGGACACGAGCUCAGUGUCCCCGGACAGGUGAUGGACACAGUGAGGUCCCUCCAGACAGUGGAGCAUGACUCAGCCCUGAAAAGGACGGGCAUCCAGACACUUGCUGCAGCCUGGGUGGACCUGGAGGACACUGUGCUCAGUGACAUAAGCCAGACACAGAAGGACACGUCCUGUGCGACUCCACUCAAUGGGAGGUCCCUGGAGGAGUCAGAUUCAGAGACGGAGAAUAGAUGGUUCCUCUACUCGGAUGAGGUUCAGAUCGGGCCCGAGACCGUCAUGACCACGCUCUACACAGCCAAGAAGUACGCAGUGCCCGCGCUGGAGGCGCACUGCGUGGAGUUCCUGAAGAAGAACCUGCGGGCGGACAACGCCUUCAUGCUGCUGACACAGGCCCGCCUCUUCGACGAGCCGCAGCUGGCCAGCCUGUGCCUGGAGAACAUCGACAAGAACACGGCCGACGCCAUCGCCGCAGAGGGCUUCACGGACAUCGACCGGGACACGCUGGUGGCCGUCCUGGAGCGGGACACGCUGGGCGUCCGCGAGGUGCGCCUGUUCAACGCCGUCGUCCGCUGGUCUGAGGCCGAGUGUCAGCGGCAGCAGCUGCAGGUGACGCCCGAGAACAAACGCAAGGUCCUGGGCGAGGCGCUGGCCCUCAUCCGCUUCCCGCUGAUGACGAUCGAGGAGUUCGCCGCAGGGCCUGCUCAGUCGGGUAUCCUUGUGGACCGGGAGGUGGUCAGCCUCUUCCUGCACUUCACCGUCAAUCCCAAGCCUCGGGUGGACUUCAUUGACCGGCCGCGCUGCUGCCUCCGCGGCAAAGAGUGCAGCAUUAACCGCUUCCAGCAGGUGGAGAGCCGCUGGGGCUACAGCGGCACCAGCGACCGCAUCAGGUUUUCCGUCAACAAACGCAUCUUCGUGGUUGGCUUCGGGCUCUACGGCUCCAUCCAUGGGCCCACGGAUUACCAAGUGAACAUCCAGAUCAUCCACACGGACAGCAACACGGUUCUGGGCCAGAAUGACACAGGCUUCAGCUGCGAUGGCUCGGCCAGCACUUUCCGGGUCAUGUUCAAGGAGCCGGUGGAGGUGCUGCCCAAUGUCAACUACACGGCCUGUGCCACACUGAAGGGCCCGGACUCCCACUACGGCACCAAAGGCCUGCGCAAGGUGACCCACGAGUCGCCCACGACGGGGGCCAAGACGUGCUUCACCUUCUGCUACGCGGCGGGAAACAACAACGGCACGUCGGUGGAGGACGGCCAGAUCCCGGAGCUGAUCUUCUACACCUAGUCCCCGGCCAGCCGCCUGUGCAUGCGGCUGCGGCUCCGCCCACGUCCCUGGUGUCCCCCUGGGCCCGCUGGCUGCCAGUUCAGAGCUGGGAGGUCGCCGUCGGGCGGGACGAUCCCUCAGGACUGCGGCCGGGGCUGGCCUGACCCGGGAGGAGGUCCCUAGGACUCAGGUGUAGGCGUCCUGCUCGCUGUUCCUGCAGCUCAGGGCCACCUGGCCAGCUACCCGAUGGUGGGACCGUGCAGGCCGUCUCAUUUUCGUGUGACCGCACAUGGCAGUGCAUCUCGGGGCCCCAGCUCUGGUAGGGGACCACGCUGGGCGCCCUCCCUAGUAUGUGUGGUUGGGGUGUGUUCCUUUCAUCUGUUCACUGGGGACGCUCAGGCCCCCUGAUCUGGUCCCCAGGAUGUAGGCCUAAGACCCAGGGGGUAGGACUCGGGGGGCUUGCACCCCAACCCCAGGUCCUGCAGGCCAUCUGCCAGGCCCUACCCAUUUCAGCUUCCCUGGACAGACCCCUCCUGGCUUCAGCCCGUCUGCCUGGGAGGGGCGACGCUGUGGGCAGCCAUGGUGGCCACGUCCCUGCUGCCCAUGGGUCCAGAGGACCCUGCCCACCUGCCUGUACAUAACUGUCCCCGCUCGCCCGCCCAGCCCGAGUGAGCGCUCCGCCCACAGGCGCUGGAGGGCACAGCCCGCCCGAUGCGACCCCUUCACCCUCUGGUGUUUCUGCCCCUUGCUGCCCGCUGGAAUCUGUGUCCUCCCGGAAGCCAUGGAAGGUGUGCCUGCUCAUGCCACACCCCAAAAGAUUUUUUUAAAUAAAAAGAAACAGAUCUAA